CGCCCCGGCCUCCUCCGCUCAGUCGCUGGGUUCUGCCAGCCUGGGAACGGAGACCCAAGCUGGGAACAGGCCCGGGGGAGGCGGGGUGGACGGCGCUGGCUGCAGCUGUUGUCUCUGGAGCGGUGCGGAACCUGUGCUUUCUUGCCCCCGCAACUCCGGGGAUGUGACCGGGGCCAGCUGAGAGAAUCAGAGGCGAACCCCGCCACAGCUGUCCCAGCCCCAGGACCCCCCUUCUGCCAAGCCCUCGGGGGGGAGGGGUCGGUCCGCCCCUCCCCUCCUCUCCCCUUCCCUCCCUCAGCUCCUCUCCCCUUCCCUCCCUCAGCUCCUCUCCCCUAGGUCCUUCUCCUUCCUCUCUUUUUCGAGGCUGGGGACCGAGUGACAGGCGGACACACGGAAACGGGCAGCCAACUGGAGCCAGCGGUUUCAGAAGUAGAGAGAAAGAGAUGUGACCUGUUGCUUUUGGGCAGAGGAGGCCCUUCUCUCUCUUGCACCAGACGGCAAAUAUACUAAAGAAAAUUCAGCACUGGAAUGGCUUGCCUCACCAUGACAGAAAUGGAGGGAUCAGCCACAUCUUCUACCCACCAAAAUGGAGAUAUUCCUGGGAAUGAUGAUACUUUGAAACAGAUAGAGCCAGUUCUUCAGGUCUAUCUUUACCACUCUCUUGGGAAGGCUGAAGGAGAUUAUUUACAGUUUCCAGUUGGGGAAUAUAUUGCUGAGGAAAUUUGUAUUGCUGCUUGUAAAGCUUGUGGUAUCACACCUGUCUAUCAUAAUAUGUUUGCUUUAAUGAGUGAAACUGAGAGGAUCUGGUAUCCUCCCAACUAUGUCUUCCAUGUAGAUGAGGCAACCAGAUUCAAUGUACUCUACCGAAUAAGGUUUUACUUUCCUCGUUGGUAUUGUAAUGGAAGUAAUAGAACAUAUCGGUAUGGAAUAUCUCGAGGUGCAGAAGCCCCACUUCUCGAUGACUUUGUCAUGUCAUACCUUUUUGCUCAGUGGCGGGAUGAUUUUGUUCACGGAUGGAUCAAAGUACCUGUGACUCAUGAAACGCAGGAAGAAUGUCUUGGGAUGGCUGUCCUAGAUAUAAUGAGAAUAGCUAAAGAAAAGGAUCAGACCCCACUGGCAGUCUAUAACUCUACCAGCUACAAGACCUUCUUACCAAAAUGUGUUCGAGCAAAGAUCCAAGAUUAUCAUAUUUUGACACGAAAGCGAAUAAGGUACAGAUUCCGCAGAUUUAUUCAGCAGUUCAGCCAAUGCAAAGCUACUGCCAGAAACUUGAAACUUAAAUAUCUUAUAAAUCUGGAAACUCUUCAGUCUGCCUUCUACUCAGAGCAAUUUGAAGUAAAAGAACCUAGCAGAGGUCCUUCAGGUGAGGAGAUUUUUGCAACCAUUAUAAUAACUGGAAACGGUGGAAUUCAAUGGUCACGAGGGAAACAUAAAGACAGUGAAACCCUGACAGAACAGGAUUUACAGAUGUACUGUGACUUUCCUGAUAUUAUUGAUGUCAGCAUUAAGCAAGCAAAUCAAGAAGGUUCAAAUGAGAAUAGAGUGGUGACUAUUCAUAAGCAAGACAGCAAGAAUUUGGAAAUUGAAUUUCACUCAUUGAGAGAAGCUCUAUCUUUUGUAUCAUUAAUUGAUGGAUACUAUAGAUUAACUGCAGAUGCACAUCAUUACCUCUGUAAAGAAGUAGCGCCCCCAACAGUCCUUGAAAAUAUCCAAAGCAACUGUCAUGGCCCAAUUUCGAUGGAUUUUGCCAUAAGUAAACUGAAGAAAGCAGGUAAUCAGACUGGCCUCUACGUUCUUCGAUGUAGCCCUAAGGACUUUAAUACAUAUUUCCUCACUUUUGUUGUUGAGCGGGAAAAUGUCACUGAUUAUAAGCACUGUUUGAUUACAAAAAAUGAGAAUGGGGAGUUCAACCUCAGUGGAACUAAGAAGAAUUUCACUAACCUUAAAGACCUUUUGAAUUGCUAUCAAAUGGAAACUGUCCGAUCAGAUAGCAUAAUUUUCCAGUUUACCAAGUGUUGCCCCCCAAAGCCCAAAGAUAAAUCGAAUCUUUUAGUCUUCAGGAGUAAUGGUAUUUCUGAUGUUUCCACAUCACCAACAUUGCAGAGGCAUAAUAAUGUGAACCAAAUGGUAUUUCAUAAAAUCAGAAAUGAAGAUUUAAUAUAUAAUGAAAGCCUUGGGCAAGGCACUUUUACCAAGAUUUUUAAAGGUAUAAGAAGAGAAAUAGGAGACUAUGGCCAACUCCAUGAAACAGAAGUCCUUUUAAAAGUUCUGGAUAAAGCACAUAGAAAUUACUCAGAGUCUUUUUUUGAAGCGGCAAGCAUGAUGAGCCAGCUUUCUUACAAGCAUCUGGUUUUAAAUUAUGGAGUCUGUGUCUGUGGAGAAGAGAAUAUUCUAGUUCAAGAAUUUGUGAAAUUUGGAUCGUUAGAUACAUACCUGAAAAAGAACAAAAAUUCUAUAAACAUAUUAUGGAAGCUUGAAGUGGCCAAGCAAUUGGCCUGGGCCAUGCAUUUUCUUGAAGAAAAAAGCCUCACUCAUGGUAAUGUAUGUACUAAGAACAUUUUACUAAUCAGAGAAGAGGACAGAAAGACAGGAAAUCCUCCUUUCAUCAAGCUCAGUGAUCCUGGCAUUAGUAUUACAGUUUUGCCAAAAGACAUUCUUCAGGAGAGGAUACCAUGGGUUCCACCUGAAUGUAUUGACAAUCCUAAGAACCUAAGUUUGGCAGCAGAUAAGUGGAGUUUUGGUACCACUUUGUGGGAAAUCUGCAGUGGAGGAGACAAACCUCUGAGUGCAUUAGAUUCUCAAAGAAAACUGCAGUUCUAUGAAGAUAGACACCAGCUCCCUGCACCAAAGUGGACAGAGUUAGCAAAUCUUAUCAAUAAUUGUAUGGAUUAUGAGCCAGACUUCAGGCCUUCUUUCCGAGCCAUCAUACGAGACCUUAACAGCUUACUCACUCCAGACUAUGAACUACUAACAGAAAAUGACAUGUUGCCAAAUAUGAGAAUUGGUGCCCUAGGAUUUUCUGGUGCUUUUGAAGACAGAGAUCCCACACAAUUUGAAGAGAGACACCUUAAAUUCCUACAGCAACUUGGAAAGGGUAAUUUUGGGAGUGUGGAAAUGUGCCGAUAUGACCCUCUACAAGACAACACUGGUGAAGUGGUGGCUGUGAAAAAGUUACAGCACAGUACUGAGGAGCACCUGAGAGACUUUGAAAGAGAAAUUGAAAUUCUUAAAUCUCUGCAACAUGACAACAUUGUUAAAUACAAGGGAGUGUGCUACAGUGCUGGCCGUCGUAACCUGAGACUAAUUAUGGAAUAUUUACCUUAUGGAAGUUUACGUGACUAUCUCCAAAAACAUAAGGAAAGGCUGGAUCAUAAGAAACUUCUGCAGUAUACAUCUCAGAUCUGCAAGGGAAUGGAGUAUCUUGGUACGAAAAGAUAUAUCCAUAGAGAUCUGGCCACGAGAAAUAUUUUAGUGGAAAAUGAGAAUAGAGUUAAAAUUGGAGAUUUUGGAUUGACGAAAGUCCUGCCACAAGAUAAAGAAUACUACAAAGUGAAAGAACCUGGUGAAAGUCCCAUAUUCUGGUAUGCUCCAGAAUCACUCACGGAAAGCAAGUUUUCGGUAGCCUCAGAUGUGUGGAGUUUUGGAGUAGUUCUAUAUGAACUUUUCACAUAUAUUGAGAAAAGCAAAAGCCCACCAGCGGAAUUUAUGCGUAUGAUUGGUAAUGACAAACAAGGGCAGAUGAUUGUAUUCCAUCUAAUAGAACUUUUGAAGAAUAAUGGAAGGUUGCCAAGACCAGAUGGCUGUCCUGAUGAGAUUUAUUCUAUCAUGACCGAAUGCUGGAACAAUAAUGUAAGCUUACGCCCUGCCUUCAGAGACCUUGCUGUUCGAGUGGAUCAGAUAAGAGAUGACAUGGGUGGAUGAAAAAAUGGAACUUCAUCUUAAUGCUAAAUUUUGCCCUUCAGGACUAUUCUCACACAAGUUGUGGUGGUGAACAGAACAGAAAUGCAAAUAUCUCUUCAGAACUUACAAAUGCAAAUCUCUCUUCAAAACUUGCAGAUUCCAUGAAGUGUUUGUUUUCUCCACGAGGAUGUAUUUGCUCCCAUGAGAACAUGCCAAUGAAACCUAUUAAUAGGGAAUUUUUUUUUGUAUCAACAUGGUAAAAGUGUUCCUGUGUAUGGUCAGUCAGUAUCACCAUUAUUUGCCUUACUUGGCAAAGCAAAAAAGAAAAGGAGGGAAAAAAAGAGAAAGACUUCUUUUUUGACUCAGUUAAAUUUUUGAGAGGUGAAAACAUUUAAUGCUUUUUUUUGCAAAGUUAAAGAUGCAGAGAAUAUAUUUGUACAGUCUUUUCCACAGUGAAUGUAUAAAGAACUUGGCCUCUCGUGUAGUGUUUUGCACAAAAGUUUAUAGUCAUUGGUAUUAUUUUCUAAUUUUUCCAGUGUUGAUCCACACAUAUUAGCUUCGUGAACAUUAGAACCAAGAUAAGAUGUUUAGACUUCUUAAUAAGCAACUUUCUGUGUGCC